GGGGAGGUAGUCCAGUCAGACCAGUCAGUCGACCGAGCGACGCGGGUAGCGACGGUCGAUCGUCGUCGACUUCCAUUUCCGCUCGGCUCCGCUCACAAGCUCGUAGUAGAAAGCACUUGCAAGGGAUAGCAAGAGGAAGGCGGAGGGGAUUGGUGAUCAUGCGUACGUAGGGAGGAGUAAUCUCGCGUCGGGUACGAUGCCGCGAAAAUUGUCGCCCCAAACGACCCUACGACGACGACCAGCGCGUAUCUCGAUCACCACGCACCCCUAUCGACGCGUCGCGCUUUCGAUCGUGAGAAAAAAGGGAGAAUCGGCCAAUCGCGUCGACUAUUCUCAACCUAUCGGUGUCCUCGGCGAGGGACGCCCUUUCUUUGCUGGAAGGGAUCUCCCGGCGCGAUUAGUCGGGAGGGAAAUGAAAAAAGAGAAAAGUUCCUGUGAGAGAUUGCUACCCUCGCCUGAUGUAGCGAACACGAACGAAGCGUCCGCCUUCAGAGACUAUCAGAGGUAGAUCGUUUCAGGACGUACGUAUUCGGCACGAAGAAUUCAAAGACCCAAUUUCGUCGUGAGGCGACUUUAUCGUGCGUCGAAAAAUCGAGAAAUCGGUAUAGAGGUCCAAUCGACGGUUCAAUCCGUUUUGCAGAAAGUAUUUCGAUUUACGAGCCGAAAAGGAGACAUUAACGAUGACCCGUUGCGAUUAAGGUUACGCGCGCGAGUGACAAGUGCACAUGACAAAUUGACGAGUGUCCGCGAAUGAACGCGCGGCGAACGAAGUAAUUGAGUCGUCAGAUCGAGAUAAAAAAAGUGUGAAGAAGCGAGGAAGAAUGAAGCUUAGGAAAUCAGUGUCGACCGAUCCUGUUAAUCGGCGCUUAAUGAGUGCCGCGUGAGUGUGCGGAAAAGUGGACCGCUAUCGAGAUGAAAUUGGGAGAUAAUAUGACUAUGGAAGCUUGCAACGUAUGGAGCGACGUGGGUAGUCCGCGAAAGUAUCGGCCACCGCGAAUCGGCGAAAUUCCGCGAGGUUCUGCGGUCGAUAGCUCUCCCACAAAUUCACCCACUUCGAAGAAAGACGCUGAACAAUUACCGUCGGAUGCGCCGGGUCCGUCGAAAGUACUGUCGAGUCCCGAGUACAUCCAAGAAGUACGCAAAGAUAGCGCAUUAUACCUUGAAGAAGGAGAGGGUACGCUGAAGACUGUGACACAGGCUACCACUGAUGUUCUCCGAAGGCAGAGUAGCGGCUACGUGAGUCGGCGUGACAGUCUGGAGGACAACAGAAGAAAUUCCGCGACGAGCGGCGGCGGCGACACGCAAGAGCAGAAGGAGAAAUACAAAUCGAAAUCGAUAACGCUCGGAGCCUUGAUUGAGGAUCUUGCUGGUAGAAAAGAGGAGAACAUUGAGCCGUCCGCGGAUACAGCGAAGGAGAGAAUGCCGACGACGGAUAUACACAGAAAGGUGUCGGGCUCCGACCUCAACAUGCCUGACGUUGAUGAGGCGAAGGAGGUCGUCAGAGAGAAAACUCUACCCCGGCAGAAGAGCUUCGAGACCCAGGAGAUCAGCGAGGGACUGACGACGCGUCUCAGCGAUAUGCAAGUGACGUCUAUCUUCAAGAACCCCAAUAUUUACCUUCCACGCGACAGCGACAAAAAUGCACCAUCGGGCGAGGCAGGCGCGAUUCAACGAGUCGACACUGUCACCGAUCAUUCUAGUAGCGGCGACUCGAAUUGUAAGAAUGUGCACAAGAACGUGGAAACUAUUAUUGCCUCGGAUAGUAAUCGGACUGUAGAUUUGAGAAAAUUAUCCUUGCCCGACGAAGCAGGACCGAGUCAGCGACUGUUCGAGAAAGCUGACGUCACCUACAAAUCCGUUCAUUCUCGCUACCCUCACGCCAGCCCUCAUAGAUCGCCCAGGAAACGCAUCAGAGCGCUCAACAGGGAAUGCUCCGUCGAUAGCCAGCAUGACAGUCAACAGCAAUUGAAUCAAUACAAAGUGCUGAACGAGAUCGGAAAGGGCUCUUUCGGUGUCGUGAAGAAGGUUUUCAACGAGGAGGACGGCACGCAUUACGCCAUGAAGAUAGUGAGCAAGAGGAAAUUAAUGAAAAAAACGGGGAUAUUUGGAAGGAUACCACCGCGCAGAGCGGGCGCCGAUCCCUUGGCGAAAGUUUACAGGGAGAUCGCCAUCCUGAAGAAACUCGAUCACCCAAACGUCGUGAAACUUGUCGAGGUGCUCGACCAUCCGGACAAAGACAACCUCUAUCUGGUCUUCGAACUAGUCCACAGGGGUGAAAUCCUCCUUAUACCCACCGACAAACCUCUGAAUGAGGCAACGGCCAGGCGUUACUUCCGCGAUGUUGUCUUGGGAGUCGAAUAUUUGCAUUACCAAAAAAUAGUGCACCGUGACAUAAAGCCGAGCAAUCUACUGGUGGACAGGGACGACAGGAUAAAAAUCGCUGACUUAGGCGUCAGCACGGAAUUAAGAGAAUCCGGGGAAUUAUUGACGGGACAGGCUGGUACACCAGCCUUCGCCGCGCCCGAAACAACCGUUGCUAACGCGCAGUACUUGGGACCGCCCUGCGACAUAUGGUCGAUGGGAGUAACGCUAUACGCGCUCGUGGUCGGAGAUCUUCCUUGGCGCGCUUCCGAUAGUACAGCCAUUCAAGAGAUCGUUCGUUCGAAACCGCUCCUGUUCCCCGACAAUCGCCUGUCCUCGGAAUUGCGAUAUCUGAUUGAGGGAAUGCUGGAUAAGUCGCCGGAGACCAGGCUCAUACUCCCGAAGGUAAAGCAGCAUCCGUGGCUGACCAACAACGCAACCGAGCCACUGCCGGCCGAGGUCGACAACUGCCGCUUACGGGUCACCGUCACCGAGGAGGAGGUCAUAAGACUCGGCACCCUGCUUCUCGUCAAGAAUAUGCUGAAACAGCACAGCUUCCAGAAUCCAUUUCUGCCUAAGCGGCUCGGACGGACAGCGGACAACGACGCCGGCACGGAAUCGUCGGCGACAGGACCAAAAGGCGGCGUGUCUCCCUCGCCGCGCAGCGACACGAUGAGAGAUGCGAAAGCGGAACGUUUUCACGAGGCCGGGAGAAGCAAUUCCGCGCCGGAUUCCUACGAUUGGCAUACAAGCGGCAGACAGUUAUCGUUGGAAAAUCCCUUAUCGCCUGUGACGGAAACUGAGAGGAGAUAGUGUCGCUGUCGAUAGAAGUAGCACGAAACAUCCCCCAUCGAAAAACAAUCUGAUCGGAUAUCCUGCGGAAGAUAAAUCAGGACUGAUCAUCGAUCGCGAUCCGGCGAGCGACCGCGACAUUAAGAGGCGAAAUCGUCGAACGAACCAACGAAAAUUUAAUCUUCCAGAGAACCGUCGUUAUCGAUUUUACUCUCGUCGCUUGUAUCGUCAGAACCACGGGGCCGUUGCCUUCAGUUUUUGCAGGUAAGAGCUCCGUGAGUUAUUUAUGAAUACGCGAAAAAAAAAUCCUAACCGGCGAGGCUGACGAAAAAAUAAAGCGGAUCGAGAACUUUGUUGAAAAUGUUUCUGCUAGGAAAUAUUUUUUAUGAGUAAAAAUGUAACGUUUGUAAAUGUCGCGUUUGAACAUUCCGCAUUAUAUUUAUGCCCAGGCAGAACAUAGAAGCAAAUGAUGUCAUAAUGUAAUGACAAUUCUUACAUUAUUUGAGACUUAUAAGUGACAAAUGAAGAUAUAAUGAUAUUAUUACAUAAAGUCAUUAUAAAGUCAAAAUAACGUCACGUCCUUAUCAUACAUAUAUGACUUCAUGAUAAUAUUAAUAUAACUUUUGUGUUCCACCUGAGUAAUGCGAUGAUAUUCAGUGAUUGUAGUUUUGGCUAUUAUUAUUGUUUAAUCGUAAUAGAAUAAGAAGGACGUUUCUUAAAAGAAUAUGGAAGAAUUAUUAUAUUUACUUUACUAUUGACUGCCAAUAUUUUCUGUUGAAAUGAAGAAUUUGGUAAAUUUGACGACUACAACAUGGUAGCAUUUAAUAUAAAAUAAUUGACCAAAUGUUAUUUCGUUCUGCUUUUUAUUAGGUAAUUUCUAAAAGUAAUUUGUAUCAAUAAUGGAGAAAAACGACAGAAUAACACGCGUAUCGCUACGCCAUUUUAUUAAGAUUGAUGAAGCGAUCGAAUACUUAUAAACGUUAUAGUCGCGUAUGUAAAAGAUAACGAAAGUAGAUAUUUGCGGAGAAUGAUCCGAAGUUAAGACAUGUCUCGCCGGAGGUUUUUAUUCUAUUAACAUUGUAAGAAAUGCGUGCCCGACGCGCACGUUUGUAAAUAACUUCAAAAUUUAAAGUAAAAUUUAUAUACUUCGCAAAUCCAGUGUUAGAGAGAACCAUCGAAAAAACGAUCUGUUUUUUUUUUGUACGUCAUAAUAUAAAAAUGUCAUAUCAAAAGUCUAGCGGGAGUAACAUACGAAUUGAAAAACUUUUUUCCCUUUUUUUCCAUGAAACUCGUUUUUGCUCUUCUAGUUGCCAUGCUCGAUGUUGAUAAAAUUCAAGGUGAACAUACAUCUCACAAAUAUUCGUUUGGCUUAUCAAAUUUCUAUUCAGAAUUUAAAUAAAAUAACAUGGAAAGAUAGAAUAUUCAUGCUUACUAUAAAAAGAAUAUUUAAUAACGAUUCAAACAACAUAUAGAAACGGACUACGUAUGUUUACAACCAGAAAAUUCGUAAGGGUAACAUUUUAUAAAUACAUGAUAAAAAAGGAAAAAGAAGAACAUUUUUAUAAUAUUUUUCCGGUUAAAGAAUCAUAUGGCUUUCUUCUAAACUGGAUUGAUAUAGAUAAUAGAUUAAGAUCGUCCCAAGGAUAUCCAUAAGAUCUCUUGCAUACGAGCGGCCUUCUCGCUCAGCAGUUAACUUACUACAUACACACACGAGCAGCGAAAGAAUAUCUCUCUAAAGUAAAAUAGUUAAUUUAAAUAGUUAACUUAAAAACUUACUGGAAUUUAAAUAUUUUUUAUAUACGUAAAAUAAUUAAAUACAUAGAGGAGAGAAACAGAUGGUGGAAUAUCAUUUUGUUAUCUUAAAAUAAUUCAGUAGAAAUUAACACUUCGACAUAAUUCUUACGGACAUAUAAGUUUGUUAGCCAUAGAGUUCCAAUCCUAAGUAGAUCUUAUAAGUUCCAGAAAUGUAUCGAAUAUGUAGAACGAAAGUAAUUUACAAUUCACUGAAACGGGAAAAAAAAAUGCGCUUGUAAAAUAGGAGGGUCAUAUACUCAAUUAAUGUAAUAAAAGACACUUUCCGUUUAUAAAAAAUUACAAAUUAAUGAUCCUUUAUAGAUCUUACAUACUAAUAAGUGCCAUGAAACAAACAGGUUUUAUAAACAUUUUAUAAAAUAUAUUUUUACUUGCAAAAAGUAAUUUUUUUAAAUAAUUUCUUUGGCUUAAAAAUAAUUUUUUUAAAAUAAUUUUUUUGUUGCACCAACAUAACUUUAUUGCGUGCGAGGAAUGACGAAACUUUUUGGGAGUUGCGACGCUCGCGACGCUCGCAAGUGGUCUCUGAUCCUUUGUCGUACAUAACUUUUAUGUCAUACACAGAUUCAUGCACGUAUUAUGUCACACAUUAAAUUCAAUUACAUUAUUUAAAAGUCACAUUCAAAGCAUUUAAGCUAGACAAAAGUUUAAAAAAUAAAUAUUUAACAUACUUAUCAAAAUUACGUAAAAGAAUAUACACCUGUAAACAUUUUUACUACCUGCAAAACUGAAAUUUAGCUUUUAUAAAAGCACAGUGAAUACUGAUGACCAGUACAAUCCUAUAAUGUCUAAAUAGAUUGCAAUGAAUUUUAACGAUUACCCCUAGAAUUCAACACAAAUUCUAUACGAACUAUAAUAUCAUCUCUGAUGGUAUCCAUCCCAUCUAUCUCUCACAUCUCUCCUCUAAAA